AUGGCAAUGCAUGAUUCAGCAUUACUGAACGCUCUGAUUGCGUGGUCUUCGUCUCAUCUUUCGCUGCGAGAUAAAGCUUUCCACCAAGUUGCUAUGCAUAAUCGGCUUGCUGCGCUUCGGGAUCUGCGUCUUUCUCUCCAGUCCAGUCCUGCCAAUGUGGAGACUAAUCUUGCAAUUACGUUAGUGCUUUGCUCGAUGGAGAGUAUCAUGGCAGAUAACGACAAAGCAUGGUAUCUGCAUCUUAUGGGCGCGGCCGGCAUUAUUUCGUCUCGCACGUCUAUUGAACCUGGCAACGGGUUGGACUCCUCACAGCUUCUUCAGACUUUCGAGGAUGCUACCACUGGCCGGUGGCUUUUACGCAACUUUGCCUAUCAUGAUAUAUUAAUGGCAGUAGCUUUGGACAGAAUGCCGCUGCUACCUUCACACCUUUUUGUUCAGCUUGACGAAGUGCCCAUGGCCGAUUCAUACUUUGGCCUGGCUUCUGAGAUUCUGGAGAUCCUUUAUCUGAUUAUUAACCUGAACGCCCAAAUCAAAUCCCUGAAGGACCACACCUCCAACUACACCAAAGCCUUACCAGUCUCUAUUUCCGACAUCUCAGCCACAUUCACAUCCCUCGAAUCCCGCCUAAAGGCAUGGACCUGCCCGCCAUCAAACGACAAAUCCUUAAUAUUGCUAGCUGAAUCAUACCGCAGCUCAGCCCUCCUAUACCUAUACCGAGUGGUCCGUCGAGGUCUUCCCAACCGGGUAGACAGUCUAUCCAUCAAAAUCACCCACGAAGUGGCAGCAAUGGUCACCAACAUCGACAAGAUGCCAACUCGAAGUCUCCCAGAAUGUACAUUACUAUUCCCGAUUUUCCUUGCAGGGGGAGAAGCCACAGAAGAAGCCCAUAUCAAAAGUAUCCGGCACAAAAUGCUCGAUAUGAUCGAGUCCCGCGGGUUCCGAAACGUAGAAGUGGCACUUUGCAUUCUAGAAAAGCUCUGGCGCUUGAACCUAGAAAGAAAGACCUCACAGGCGAAAGGAACAGUGGACUGGCUGGACAUUGUACAACAAGAUGGAGUGUUACUUUCACUAUCAUAA